UACAGUAACGCGGAAGUAAACAAAUGACGCGGUCGGCUCGAAAUAAACUGUGCAGUUUGUAAUUUGGGAGAAGGUAGCAAUAAUGUAAUCAAACUCAGAUCAAAUACAUGCGUCCUUUUUGUUCUCUUGUCUUGUUUUCCAGUAGGUUUUAUUUCAGACUGAAAUGUUAGACUGUUAAAUUGAUAAACAACUCCUUCACGUGUUCAGCAUGUGAUCAAACCAAAGCACCGCCAUAUAGAUCUUAUGACAUGAUUAGCGUUGGAUCUGUUGCAUUUCAUUUUAAUCAGGAAUUAUUGAGUGCAGACAAAGCUAGUUAUCAUUUAUAUCCCCAAGUUUAACUGUAGAUGAUGCCAUGGACUGGAAUGCGACAGAAUCGAUCAUCCAGUCUGAUGAACAGCACGCGGAAAGUAGCGAGUGUGUGGACGCGAGAAAUAAACGCGAUGAAGAGAAGGCUGAGAAUCAGACUGUUAACAUCAGCUUGUGCGGAUCCAUGCCUUUGCUGUGGAGGGCGGCCGACAUUAGAAAGUGUAGAGAAGAGGUCGGGGUGAUCGGGACUCUUGUGGGGUCUCUGGCCAGACAGCCAAGGCAGAACAUCAGACUGGGAAGACCGCUGGAACUCCUGCAGGAAGAAGCUCGGCUGCUGGUGGAGACUGGAAAGGCGACUGCUUUACGGCAUAAAGAGCUGUCUGAAAAUGCAGGAAGUCGUUUGAAGGUGGUUGAAUUGUACCGGGCCAGACUAGAGCAGAGUUAUGAGGAGCAAUGUGCUCUCGCCCUGGAGGAAAGGAAGGCUGUACUGCAAAGAGUAAUGAAUGAGAAACAGAAUGCUCAUAAGGAUAAUGAGGGAGCAGAGCUGGCAGUAAGGGAAAGACUUGAAUCUCUGGAGAAGAGCUUCUCAUUCCCACGCUCUGCCAUGGCUAUCCAACUCUAUACUGCUCGUGCUGGCUUCAGUCACUGUCCUGAGGAACAUGCUUUCUUAGCUGCUGAUUGGCCAAUGCCUAGAGACGAGCGCUCGGAGACGAGGUUCCGGGUUUAUAAGGAUCUUAGGAGUAAAGGCUUCUACCUAACUGCAGCAGGGAAGUUUGGGGGAGAUUAUCUGGUGUAUCCAGGUGAUCCACUCCGCUUUCACGCCCACUUCAUUGCCCUGUGCUUGCCUAUGGAUGAAAAAUUACCACUCUGUGACAUUCUCGCUAUUGCAAGGCUUGGGUCCAAUGUAAAGAAAACAGUGAUACUUUGCUCACCACAGGAUACCAGUGACAGCGGAGAGGAAAUAGAAGAGGAGGUUGUGUAUUCAUCUCUGCAGUGGAGUGGAAUAGUAUAGCAUACAGGGUGAACAGACCCAGUGGAGUGCUCUCUUUGUCUUUCAGGACUUAAUAAGCUGCUGGACUGAGCCUGUUUGAAAGCAUGAGUAUUUACUAUAAAAUUUAAUCUGUUCAUUUUCUCAUGGCUGGUCAUUUGUUUUCGAUUUGUUUCCAUGUCUACCAUAAAGCAAUAUCUGGGAUGUAUCCAAUAAAUAUCUGGUUCUGGUGGAUGUUUGCCAUAUGGUUUCACCAUGACUGUGUGAAGUGUUGAGGACAUGUGGUUUUCUCUUUUUAUGCUGACAUAACUGGCAAAUAAAUUAAUGUUUGUUCCAUAUAAAAUACAGUGCCCUCCACUAAGAUUGGCACCCUUGGUAAAUAUAUUAUUAGUAAAUAUAUAUUACCCUUGGUAAUAAAUUAAUGGUAAAAGAAGGCUGGGAAAUUUUGUCAUUAUUGUUUAACCUUUUGAGCUUUUGUUAAAAAAAUUCACAGAAAUACUCUGCUCUCAUUGAUAAGAUGCUUGAGUUUAUUUUUGGAUGAGAGUAGAGACUUUUUUCUUGAAACCCUUCCAAACAACUUGUGGUGAUGUACGUGACUUCGGAUUGUACUUUUGGAGACUUUCUGACCCCAAGACGCAACUGUCUUCUGCAAUUCUCCAGCUGUGAUCCUUGGAGACGAUAUAGACACACGUCCAAUUCCAGGUUGAUUCAUAACAUUUCCAGUUGACUGGAACUUCUUAAUUAUUGCCCUGAUGGUGGAAAUGGGCAUUUUCAAGGCUUGUGCUAUUUUCUUAUAGCCACUUCCCAUUUUGUGAAGCUCAACAACCUUUUGCCGCACAUCACAGCUAUAUUAUUUGGUCUUACCCAUUGUUAUGAAUGACUAAGAGAAUUUGGCCUACGUGUUACCUAAUUUUUUAUACCCCUGUGAAACAGGAUGUCAUGGUUGAACAAUUUCCUGUUCCUAGUCAACCAGGUGUACUA